AGAAAAUCAAUUGAGAGAUUAUAAAACUAGCUAAAGCCAAUAGUAUCUCCAAUGGCAGCCCUUCUUCGCUCUAUUUUGCUCUGUGUUUUUGUUCUAUCAGCUGCUCUGAGCAAUAGCCAAGCACAGCUGACUCCAAACUUUUACAACAAAGUCUGCCCCAAGGCCUUGUCCACCAUAAAAUCCGUUGUCUGGCAGGCCAUCAAACGAGAGCCCCGCAUGGGAGCUUCACUCUUACGUCUUCAUUUCCACGACUGCUUUGUUAACGGUUGCGAUGGGUCGGUUUUGUUGGACGAUAUUGCCAAUUUCGUAGGAGAAAAGACCGCCUUCCCUAAUAUAAACUCAAUAAGAGGAUUUGAAGUCGUCGACCAGAUCAAGACGCAGGUUAAUAAAGCUUGCAAAGGCAACGUAGUGUCUUGUGCUGACAUCUUGGCCAUCGCUGCUCGUGACUCCGUCGCAAUUCUUGGAGGGCCAAACUACAAAGUACUAAUGGGAAGAAGAGAUGCAAGAACAGCAAGCGCCAGUGACGCCAACAACAAUCUGCCUCCGCCAUUUUUCAGCUUCUCACAGCUUCUGUCCAACUUCCAAGCACAUGGGCUGGACCUUAAGGACCUGGUGGUGUUGUCGGCCGGCCACACCCUCGGCUACGCCCGCUGCGCCACGUUUCGGACCAGGAUUUACAAUGACACCAACAUCGACCCGAAGUUUGCAGCGGCGUUGCGGAGAAAGUGCCCGCAGAGCGGCGGAGAUGGGAAUCUUCAGGGCCUUGAUGCCACUCCUUAUGGCUUUGACACUGCCUACUUCCAGGCAUUGUUGAAGAAGAAGGGCCUUCUCCAUUCCGACCAGGAGCUCUUCGGUAGCGGCGAGGCGAGCGACGAUCUGGUGUCAUUUUACAGCAGAUACCCUGGUGCCUUCAGAGAUGACUUUGGUUCUUCCAUGAUCAAGAUGGGGAAUAUGAAGCCACUUACUGGAUAUGAUGGGGAGAUCAGGAGGAACUGCAGAUUUGUCAACUAGGACCAUGUUUGGUUUUCGAUUUGUGUUGAAGAGUGUGAAAGUGUGUGUAAAGUAACUUGAUUCAUGAUGUUUCUAUGUAUUUAAAUUUCAAGAAUUGUGUGGCGUGAUUUCUUCCUAUUGCUACAAAAUUGUUCUUUCAUGACAGUUGUGAAUGGUAAAAACCAUUGGGAAAAGAAUAAAUUGUCAGGAAUACUGCAAGUACGAAUUUAGUAAGAAAGAACUCUGAUUUAUGAAA